AUGGCUGAUGCACGUGGAGGACGCGGCCAGGCUCGCGGGGGCCGUAGCGGUGGUGAUCGCGGCGGUGGUCGUGGUGACCGUGGUCGUGGUGGUGAUCGUGGUCGCGGCAGCUUCCCCAGAGGCGGAGGCGGCGACCGGGGAGGCCGUGGAGGCGGCUCCCGUGGGGAUGCCAGCGGCUUUAGAGGAGACCGCGGGCGUGGCGGCAGCUUUGGCGGAGGAGGCAGCGAUCGCGGCGGCUUCCGUGGUGGACGCGGGGGCAAUUUUGGCGGAGGCGGCGAUCGCGGUCGUGGUGGACGGGGGGGCCGCGGCGGCUUCGCUCCUCGUCGUGACGCAUUCGAAGGCGAGCCUAAAACUUUCUACGGGUACGUAUUGCUAUACUCCGUGAUGACAUCGGAAUUGACACCCUUCAGACAGGGCUCGGUUAUUCCUCAGCCUGACACCGACGUGACCAACCUCGAGGACGCCACCGUCAAGAGCCACCAGUCCAAAGACCUGGCCAUCGUCAAGAAGAUGGGCAGUAUGAAGCUCACCGACUCGACCGUCUCUCUCAUGCCCCGUCGGCCGGCCUAUGGAACUAAGGGGAAACAGAUUAUCGUCUGGGUUAACUACUUCCGCAUGGCCAUCACGCCCGUGGUCCUGUAUCGGUACAACCUCGAGGUCCGCAAGGGCGAGAAUGGAGAGGAAUUGGCAGACGACCCUAAGGGCAAACGAAAAGGCAAAGCGCAGGCCGGAGGCGGAGGCGGUGGCGGCGGCCAUGGGCCCCCUACCAGUGUCCCGAAGCGCAAGCUCAAGAUCAUCCUGCAGCACGCUCUCGCAGAGCUGCAACGUCUUGAGCCGAAGGCCGUUCUGGCAACCGAGUUCAAGUCCCAGCUCGUCUCGCUCAACAGGCUAAAGCUUGCAAAAAACCCUAUCGUCGUCAAGUUCAAGAAUGAAAGCGCCACGCGCGAGGAGCUUUACAACGUCAAGAUCGUCGGUGAGACCGAGGUCCCGUUGGCUGCCAUGGCCCAGUACCUCCGAGACAUGGUCGACCCCAGCGAUCGCGACGACGCGCACUUCCCCCGCUUCGAGACCUGUGUCGAUGCCCUCAAUGUCGUUCUCGGCCAUAGCUCACGGGCGAACGACCAGGUCGCCGCCGUCGGCAAGGGCCGCUUCUUCCCGUGCGGUCCCGCGGCCACCUCGGCGCGGCUCGGCCAGCAGGGCUCCCUCACGGCCAUCAGAGGAUUUUUCCAGAGCGUCCGGCUUGCCACCGGCAGGACCUUGCUGAACGUCAACGUCACUCACGGCGUCUUCAAGACCGAUGUCCUUGUCAGCGACCUUUGUAGGUGGUCCGGCGUCGACAAGUUCGGCACCGACGGCAUCAACGCGCAGGACACCGUUCAUGUGAGAUUGCGUGGCUUAUCCAAGUUCCUCGCCAAGACCCGCGUGACCGUCCAGUUUCGCACCGCCGAUGGUAAAGACGUCACGGCCAAGAAAGCGAUACACGGGCUUGCUUGCAGUCGAGAUGUUGACCACACCGUUGUCUUCUCCCGCGGCUUCGUCUACGGCGGCCCGCAGGAGGUCCGUUUCCAGCUGAAUCCCGCCGAGGGCCAGACCAAGGUCCUUGGCAGCAAGCGGCCUGGUCUCUACUCCGUUGCAGAAUACUGGGAAUGGAAGUACGGACAGGCUCCGGACAAGACCCUGCCCCUGGUCAACCUCGGCACCCCUUCCAAGCCCAUGUUCUUCCCGGCCGAGCGGUGCACCAUCACCGCCGGCCAGGCUGUCCGUUCCAAGCUCUCCGGAGACGAGACCACGGCGAUGCUCGACUUUGCCUGCCGCUCUCCCUUUGCCAACGCCGUCUCCAUCGAGCGCGACAGCGCGGCGGCUCUGGGCCUUGACGAGCCGAUACUGAAGGACUUCGGCAUCACGGUGGACAAGAGGCUGUUGACCGUCAUUGCCCGCGAGCUUAUACCACCCGUCGUAAUGUAUGCCAACAACAAGGCUCUUCACACGCGCAGCGGCUCGUGGAAUUUGGGCGGUGUCAAGUUCGCCAAGCCAGGCCCAAAAAUAACCAACUGGAACUGGGUGCGUAUCACGGAAGGCCCGAAUCCCAGGGUGCCCACCGAAGUAGUCGAGGAGUCUGUUCAGAAAUUUGUCGAGUUCCUCAAUGAAAGUGGAGUUGCUAUCGACACGCAGGCUCCGAACACCGCUCACCAGAUCACUGUCGGUCGCGGCACCGCCACCGAGGACAUCAGGAGAGCAUUCGCAGCCAUAGCAGACUACACCACCAAGGCGAAGGGCACCACCAAAGGCUUCUUCCUGCUGGUCAUCCUACCCAGACAGGACAACACGCUCUACGGUGCCGUCAAGUCUCUCGCCGACGUCCACUUCGGUUUCCAUACCAUAUGCUCCGUCGAGAGAAAGUUCCUCCAGGAUAACACCCAGAUUUUUGCUAAUAUCGGUCUCAAAUGGAACCUCAAGAACGGCGGCAACAACCACCUCGUCAAGGACACCAUCGACAUCGUCACGUCGGGCAAGGCCAUGAUCGUCGGAUACGACGUCACGCAUCCUACCAACAUGUCCAACGACAGGAGCACAGCGCCCAGUCUCGUCGGGAUGGUUGCUAGCGUUGACAAAGACCUUGGACAGUGGCCGGCCGUCGCGUGGGAGCAGCCCUCCCGCCAGGAGAUGCUCGGGGACGAGUUGACAGAGCACUUCAAGUCUCGCUUGCUAUUGUGGCGUCAGCGCAACCAGAACAAACUCCCCGAGUUCAUCGUCAUCUACCGCGACGGCGUCUCGGAAAGCCAGUUCACCCAAGUCCUCGAGGUCGAGCUUCCUAUGAUCCGCAAGGCGUGUGACCAGCUUUAUCCGCCCAAGCAGCGCCCGAAGCUAGCCAUCAUCGUGUCGGUCAAACGUCAUCAGACGCGCUUCUACCCUGCAUCUGAACAGAACAUGGACCCCAAGUCGCGCAACAUCAAGAACGGCACGGUCGUCGACCGCGGCGUCACCCAGGCACGCACCUGGGACUUCUUCCUGACCGCCCACACGGCUCUCAAGGGGACCGCACGCCCUGCCCACUACACCGUGCUCAUGGACGAGAUCUUCAGGGAGAAGUAUGGCGUCGGCGCCCCCGCUGCAGAUCAACUGGAGAAGCUCACCCACAACAUGUGCUACCUGUUCGGCCGCGCCACCAAGGCGGUCAGCAUUUGCCCGCCGGCGUAUUACGCAGACAUCGUGUGUGAACGAGCACGUCUCCACCGUCCUCAUUUGUUUGAUGUUUCGGACGCAGCGUCUACGGCCACAGGCGCGUCUCUGACUGCCACGCCAUCGAACGCCAUCCAGGUCCAUCCGAACCUGAGGGACACGAUGUACUAUAUCUGA